AUGGAUGUCAGUAGUAGCGACAGAAAAGACUUAGCCGACAAAGAUAAAAUUAAUUUUAUAGCAGCAUUUUUUCACCAUUUAGAUGUUGUGUUUUCAAUCAUAUCAAUUGUGAUAUUUUUCCAACACGAUAACAAAUCUAUUUUAGGAGUUGCUCUCACUCUUCUGAUUUUAGAAAGAUUGUACCUCUUUUUCUACAUAGGAGUAAAGACCUAUAAGUGGUCUUAAGCUAUCAUGGCAUUAGUAUUUUUAGAUUAUAUUGGAGAAAUGUGUAAGUCUGAGGAAGGUAGAGGAAUGAGGUUAUUUUUGAAGAAAUACUUAAGAGUUUUUUUAAUUAGCUCUCCUUAUUCUUUAUUCUGCUUUUUCACUUUUUACAAAGGGUACACUGCUAGUGGAUUGACUUUAGCUUGUGGCAUUAUUCAUAUUCUUAACACAGCUUAAACCAACUUAGAGUAUUAUACCUAAAACAUCUUAACAAUAAAAGCUAAAUAAAAAAUCUAUAUUUAUACAUUUAUAGCAUGCGAAUUUUUUUAUAGAUUAGUCUUUCUAUCUUUCUUUAGAAUAAUGAUUAAUCAAUCUGGAAUCAUUGGCUACAUGAUAGGUGAAUUUUGUGUUAAUUUCUUAUUAGAGCUUAUUAUUUGCAAAAAAGAAGGCUAGGAAAAGAGCUUUUGGAUUUUGUCAACCCUUUAGAAAGGUUGGGCAGGCACAUUUUACUUCCGUUUAGAAGAUACCAUGGUCUAAGAUUCUGAUGAAUGGAACUCUGAAAGUAGAAAUCUUGAUAACUACAGGUAGUAGUUGAGAGUAUAAAAUAACUUUAAGUCACUUCGUAGCAAGCUAUUUAUAAUAUUUAGGCUAUUAGAAAAUAUUUUUUUAACUAUAGUUGGAAUAGCUUAGUAUGCAGAUUAGAAAUAAGAUACUGGUUUAUUUGCUUUGGCAAUCAUUCUCCUUCCCUUUUACUUACUAUGGCAUAUUAAAUAUUGUCGCUUCAAUUUCUCUAAUCAAGAAACAUCUAGCAUUAACGAUUCUGUAGUUUAGGGAGCUGUUUAAUCAGCAUCUAAUAAAUAUAGAGAUGAAAAUAAUAAUAAUAAUAAUAAUCAUAAGCCACUUCAUUCAGAGUAAAAUGGUAAUCAUCAUACUCCAGAAACUAAUAAAUAUUAACAAAAAGACCCAUAUAUGCAAUAUCCAAGUGAGGUUACAUAAUAAAGUGAUAAAAAGCAGGUCCUAUAAGCAAACAAAAAUAGUGAAAAUGGUAGAAAUUUUGGUAAUUUUAAUAAUGCCGACUCUACUCCACCAGUAAUGCAUAAGAAAAAUUAGCAUUCAUAAUCAAGAAACGACUAUAAUAAAAACGUAGAUAUUGAAAUUGGCUCAUUAAAUGCAAGAAAACUCUAAGAAGAAUAAUAAGAAUAGUAACUAAAGAAAAAUUAUAAAUCUAAUCCAGGAAAUAUGGACAACAAUAAAAAGCAGAGAAAUAGUAUUUAAAAAGAAUAAGAUUAUGAAGAUGACGAUCCAUAUGGAUAGGCAGAUAUUAAUGCCUUUGCAAUCGAAUGA